AUGGGUCGAUACACCAACAUGGACAGUGACGCCGAGCGCCUCCCCUCUGGCUUUGAGCGUAUAGGCUAUGACGCCGACACGCAAACCUACACCUUUCGCGAUGCAGGCGGCAUCAUGUACGAGUCGGAGCCUGGAAAUCGUUACGGCGAAUUGCACCGUGUUGAUUCGCAAUCAUCGUCGCAAUCAUCGCGGUCCGCGUCUAUCCACCUGCUCGACAACCGCAAUGGGCGGCCCUCGCGCACUUUUGAUGAAAUGUUCAACGAUCAUCAAGACGCAAUAAGCAAGGACAACAGGGAUGCGGUGCGUAUAAUGCUGCCAUUCGCGCUCAUAGUACUGGUCUUUUUGAUCCUGGUGUUCAAACUGUUGUAUAUGGGUGAUGCUCGGUCACUAACUCCUGCCAAAGAAUCACGCGAUUGUCAUCAAGGCAGUCAUGAAGUUCAAAUUAAACAAGGAGAUACGUGCUGGGCUAUUGCCCAAACUAGUCACAUCACUGUGGAAGAAUUACUAGGGUUGCAGGGCAAUGCGCUUGUGGAUUGCGAUCGGUUGUUGCCAGGCAAGAGCAUUUGUGUGCCUGCGUAG